AUGGCGGCAGAAAAUAUUUGUGCUGAUGUGCGAUUAGACGAUUUCACAGUCGAAUUAAAACCAGAAGACAUCCCUGGUGCUUCUGUUAAUGACAAGGAUAUCGGAAAGUUAAGUGUUAAUCAACUGAAAUUCUGGCUAAAGUGUCGUAGGGUGAAACAGGGCGGAAAUAAAAAGGAGCUUUUUGGAAGGUAAGCGUACUGCGUUCACACAUGAUGAUGAUCGCUAUGAUUAGUAUGAUGAUUGGGCAAUGUUUGUGUUCACACAAUACAUUUUGCUUGACUAUUACUCGCUUUUUAGGGUGUGCAAUCUCAAUGCUAUGCCUGAAGUGAGGGAGAAGGUAUUUGACCCUGAUCCAAACAAAACAUUCACUAAGGCUAAGCUGGCCAAACUCAGGGAAAACGGCAUAAAUUGUUCAAAUGCGGAAGUGGAAAACGAUGCUUCUGCCAGUUUGGGGAAGUUUCCUUCGGAUGACAGUGCUUUCAACAAAGACUUCUCCAUACUACCAGUAUUUGUUCCAACAGAUACCCUAGAUCAUACUCAAAAGUGCGGGAAGUCAACCAAAAAAUCUGAUGGUGACGCUAUUGCUGAGAUGUCAAGUUCGAAAGGACUUCGAAUGGUUUCAUUUGUGCACGAUAUGGAAGUUAGCAAAGCUGGCGAAGGAGAUGUUGUUUAUCUUAGAGCUUUAUGUUGGGCAUCUUAUAGAAAAUGUGUCAAGUACAAAGUUCGAAUGAUUGUAAACCCACGAGGAAGUCCAAAAAUCGUAGCAGCAGAGUGUGACAAAAUUUGUCCUGCUGGACGAAGUGGAUGUUGUUGCCAUGUGAUGGCUGUAAUCUGGAAGUUGGAUGAAAUGUCCAGAAAUAGCAAAUGGGUCAUUCCAGAAAAGACCCGCACUCCCCCCACAGAGGAAAUUUCUGCCGUCCGGAGGGGGAGGGGAGAAAAAAUUGUUUCUGAUAAUAGUAAAUGCAUUACGACAUCCGAAGGGGGUAGGGGGGUUAACUUCCAAUUUCCUCCGUGGGGGUGGUAUGAAUGUUUUCUGGAAUAACCCAAUUGCAAAAGCCUACACAGGAUGAUCGUGCAUGUACUUCCAAACCUAGGAAGUGGGGUAUCCCUGGUAGGAGAGAAGUAGAGCAUGAAGCUGUGAUGGCUUCUAAGCUUGUCAAGCCAAGACAUAUUUUAGAUACACCUGGCAGAAAGAGGAGGGGUGUAUUCCCUACCUUAUUUGAUCCACGCCCCAGCAAAUAUAGAAAGCUAUCUCCAGAAUCAGUUGAGAAAUUUAGAGAUAAUUUAAGUGCAACAAAUCCAAGUAUUCCUUUUGCUAAAAUGACCCCUAAUUCUAAUGAUAUUAUUCUUGUAGAUUCUAUGGUUGGUUUAAUUGCAAAAGGUUCUGUACUUGACUUGCAACUUAAGGAUUUCAGUAACAAGACCACUGAGAGUAAACAGUCUGCUCAAGGAAAAAGCACAUCUGUACUGCAUCCUAAAACUUUAAUGAACUCAAAUGUGUCUUCCAACACAUUCUCUAAAACACAUGAUACAAGUAAGAGUUUUGAUACUGCAAAAAAUACUCGGGAAAUUUCACAGGGAAAAUAUCAUAUAAUAUCUCCACCAAAGCAACAACCACUUAGCCUAGAUGAAAUAAGUGAACGGUGUAAGAAAAUUAAGUGUAAACUUUUUGUGUCAGAAAAUGAAAUAAAAAAAAUAGAAAAAGAGACCCGGGGGCAAUCUGAUAAUCCGAAGUGGUUUGCCUACAGAUUUGGCCGAGUUACAGCUUCAAAAUGCCACAGGGUGGCUUGUCCACAUAAGUCUAGCACUUCACCUUCCAAAAUUGUAAAAGAGGUUUUAAACUACAACCCUAGUGUCCAAACAAAUGCUAUGAGGGAUGGAAUUAAAAACGAAAAACUAGCAGUUACUGAUUAUGUAAAAAAAAUGCAACAAGAAGGUCACUGUGACCUUAAAGUUGAAGAUUGUGGUUUUUUUGUAUCAAAACAUCAUGGGUUUAUAGGUGCUUCUCCUGAUGGUCUUGUUACUGAUCCCAGUGUUGAGAAUCCCCUGGGAAUAAUAGAGGUGAAGAAUAUCAUUGUUAAAGACAGUGAAGAUUUAUCAUUAGCUUUAGUAAGAAAAUCAAUAUGCAAAAAAGAUGGGAUGGUUAAUAAGAGGCAUAUGUAUUAUUACCAAAUGCAACAGCAGUUAUAUGUUGUAAACAGAACAUGGUGUGAUUUUGUGGUCAGAGCAAGUAAUGGAGAACUUUAUUGCAUAAGGGUUCCAUAUGAUCCAAAAUGGUGGAUUGAAAAGUUUGCUAAUCUUGAAUUAUUCUAUGAUUCAUACAUUUUGCCAGAAUUGGCCUAUCCUAGACUGAGGGAUGGGCUUGACCGAUAUGAUUUUUCUCAAUAA